UGUUUGCAAAUGUAUAACUCGUGUUCAAUAUACUAAGUCUCGGGGAAGUGUCACCAGUCCAGGCGGCCGCUCAUCGAUUCAUCAGCCAGAGGGAUCUGCGCACUACCCAACAACGCUCGGAGAACAGGCCUAGGUUGGACCAUGUGAUCUUACAUUUUCUGAAGUUAUUCUGGUGUAAGAAAAGUAGACAUCUAGUGCACGGAGUCCGAAAAAACAAUAACUCGGACCAAACAUGGUCACUCUACCAAACGGUAGACUUCUCUGGAUUUUCAUACUGUUGAUCUCUUUCCAUACGUCCAACUCAGAAGAUGUUGCUGGAUUUGAGACGGCUGCUGGUGGCACUAAUCUGGUCUCACUGUCAGCUGGAGGAACAGCAGUUAUCAACAUGGUCUACACGGCCGGAACAAGCCUCACAUUCACUGGCACUUACGACACAAGUGAAGUUGUGAACGGUGUUGUUGACGCGAAUGCCAAAACAGCACAACUCACAAUAGAUACAACUGACAGUUCCCAUGUCCCCUCUGAUUAUGGAACGUACCUUCUUACACUCAACCUGGAACCAACUUCAGGUACACCUCAAGACAAACAGGUUGUCAUCUUUUACGAACAAGCCCUCGACGGAUUUCAGGUGACAGUCGUAAAUGACAUCGUGGCUGUGGGAGAACCAUUUGACUUCACAGUUGCAUUAAGCGCUGGUAGUAACAUCGAAUUAGAGUGGUUCUUAGAUGAAAACUCAACCUGCCUAGAAGAGUACACUGGAGUUACUCUCUCCGCAGUCAGGUCUCACAACUUUUCCACAACCGGACAACACAAUAUUACCAUAGUAGCUGCCAACACAGUGAGUCGGACACAUACUAAUGUGAUCAUUACAGCACAGAUGCGAAUAGGUUCGAAUGACUUUACUGUCACCAAUAACGAAGGCCCUGUACAGACAACCGAAAGUGUCGUCUUCACGGUCAACUUAGAUCCGAGUAUCAGCUCUCCGGAUUAUGGAAAUAUAUUUAUCGAGGUUGACUACAACGACGGUACCUCUCCAAGUAACAUAUCUCUUUCAAGCCAAUUAUCAACAAUGCAAGGAUCUGGUUAUACUUUCAACCAUGCUUUUACAGUACAGGGAAAUUAUACUGUGAAUAUCAGAAUACUUGCAGAACUGAACUAUGUAGAGAUUGUGAAUUACGUAUACGUUUGGGAUAGCGUCACAGUUUGCCUUUCAAGUGACCUCACAAUGGCAAAAACAGACGAACCCAUCACAUUCACUUUCAACAGUGUACCCAACUCCGGUUUCAUGUAUAGUAUAACCUUAGGGGAUGGUAGUGCUAAUCUAGAGAAUUCGGAAUCAGCGCUGUCCUCUUCCUAUUCAGCCCCUUCGUUAACGCACUCCUAUUCUAGCCCCGGCAGCUACCUUGUCACCAUGGCAGCUUGGAAUCCUUUCUACGUUAGCAUCUGUGAUUUUACUAUCAUUGUACAAGUGCCUAUACCAACAAUGGUCCUUACGCCUUCUACUGACACGAUUCCGUUUCCAGAUGGACUGGUGGAUUUUGAUUUUAGCAUGGCAUCGAACGGUCCAAAUCCAACUAAUGUUACCUGCGACUUUGAUUUUGACGAAAGCCAGGAAAUGAAUCAGAGUGUGGAAAUUCCUUUUGGAAGUAGUAUCACAAAGUCGAUCACGUUUACCUCGGCUGCUGUAAAAGCUAUCAAUUUCACUUGCUGGAAUCUUGUCUCCAAUGAUACAUGGAUCGCCUCAAUUGAUGUCAAGUCAUGGACCCUUAACAACUUCGUUAUCACUCAUUUAACCAAGGCUAGUUCAAAUAUGACUGCAACUACAGACGAAAAAGGUUUCCUAGUGCCAGUUAGUGAAUCUACCGAAGUUACCUUUAAUAUAUCUUUGCUCGGCUGUUCAAGACCACCCCCUGGUAUUGAAUUUGUCUGGGAUUUUGGCGACCAAACACCUACUGUUACGCAACAAGUGACAUCAUGGGAUCUGGUAACCCAUUCUUACGCAACCAGAGGUACUUAUUCGUUAACCGUGGAUAUGACGUCAACUACCCCUUCUAGUACAUUUUCACUAACAGGACAAACCAUACAAAUUGGGAUCGGCGUUCUCACUGCGGAUGUUUAUGCAGGUACAGUCGGAAGUACUUCAGUAACAUUUACAGUAUCUGGGCUUGACAACGCCGCAGACAUAACAAUCUAUGCCAACGGAGCUUCCUUUCCAACUUCUAAUGCUCAGACUGCAAAUACGGCAGUAACGUAUAACGCAUGGGGGUCCUACCUCCCGUAUGCUUUAAUCACCAGCCUUGGCGAAAUGGAGAAGGUUUAUUUGGAUAAACCAUAUCGGGCCGAUUAUCCACUAGAUUUGUCGUUGGAGUUUUCUAACCUGACUCUACCUCUACCUCCUGGAAUAUUGUUAAUGAACGUCACAACAACAGGCAACGACCUACCUAUGGUCGAAUGCAAUGUUAAUUAUGGCGACGCUAUCGAUAAAGAUUGGCAUCUAUUUGAACACAACAUUACAGCUGCCUCACCUAUGGAACUAAACAUCACUUACUUGACGCUCGGUGAACAUUCCCUUCAAGUGAAUUGUUCGAAUUUUAUAGACAAUUUCUACAAUAUGACCGAUCUGGUAGCUAGAAAUCCAUGUUUCACAUACAAUGGCAUGUUUAUUCGUAUAUACGCUGAUCCGAAAACACCAAUGAAAGCCUUCACUUCUGUUGACACGGACCUCGCUAAUGGAAUGGCAGUCGUCUGCUACUGGCUCAACCCGGGGUACCAAUGGACCAUGAUGAAGUGGAAUGAUGGCAAUCCUGUUCCAAUUGACUAUGUGAAUACAUUAACACCGCCACCAACGGGCUCUUUACGUUUUGGAGCAGGACAGUUACCACCUGGUGUUUAUAAGAUAUGCCUUAAUGUGACACUGGAGGACACAUUCGCCUUCGAAUGUACCUUUUUAGGUUUAACACGUCCCUCACCAUUUGCAUAUUUCGUCGGAGGAGCUGGAAGAAAUGCCAAAAGGGGUAACAUAAUAGUCGACGGGUUUACCGACACGUACGACCAGGAAGGAGGCUAUGGCUCUAGAGACGGUCUUAAUUACACAAUCUCCUGUUUCAGGUUCAACAAAACAAAUGAUUGGGUUGUGAAUCAGUUUGAAAUUGAUGGCGGGAUCGCUUUCUUUUCGAAUGAGUCUUCGAUAAGAAACAACACCAUGUUCGACGACAUUAAUGUUUGUGAUUCCUUCAUUGAAAAUUCACCAGGAAAGAUGCAACUUGACGCUUCAUCCAACGAUUACAUGACAUAUUUUUUCAUCAUGCGAGUUGACCUCGACCAGGCAGAGUCCUCACACGUUACCCAGGUCAUGGGGGUCAUGGAUGGUGACUUUCCGUUGGCCGACAUAAUAUGUAUAUUGAACUGCCGUGUCAAGGUUGCGAGGAAGCUUAAAACAAGUCUAAAAUGUAAAUGUACUGACUGCCAACCUGAGGAGACACCCGAUUUGACAUGUACUUGGACACUUGAACAGGUCUUCCCCAACGGAAGUAGCGUGGCUAUUCCGGAUUUCAACAGCAUGACUGAAACGGGGACAUCGCAUCAUUCUUUAAUUAUUAAACCGGAGACCCUUGAAGCUGGCUCAAUCUACAAUGUGGUAGUAAAAAUGUCGCUGCCAAAUAGACUCACAGAUGGCAAAGCUGUGAGGAAAUUGAACAUCAACCUACCACCAUACGAUGGACGCUGUUCUGUCGAUCCUUACGAAGGAUAUGCCAUAACCGGGAAGUUUGACGUCACGUGCGUAAAUAUGAAGGAUGAAGGCGCUAACGAUGAGCGAGACCCAAUUGAAGACACGAAACAGGUUCUCACCUACGAGUUCGUCGCAUUACAUAAGCGUCUGGUAAACGGUGUGACUGAGACAGUUCAGUUUCCUAUCACUAAGGGAAAUGCUGCCUCAGCUAAUCAGCUUGACCUACAAGUAGGGGAUCCCGACUUCGAAUACAACGUUACUAUCUCUGUAACCGUCACCGACUACUACGGGGAUUCAUUGGUAAAUACAGAGUCAGUUGCAAAGGUCAUUAGGAACGAAUCAAUGGUCCCCAGUGGUCCUAAUGACACAGGCAUCAUCUCCGAUCUAUUCAGUACCUUUAACCAAUCCAGACAACAACUUGAAGCUGGAGGAAACAAAAUAGCAGUUGUCUCGGCUGUUUCUGCAAUGGGUUCUUUUAUGAAUUCUAUCAAUACGUCGGAAGGUGGACUAGUAGCAGACAUGUUAACAGAGAAAAACCUUGAACUGAUGAAUAUGUUAAAUGACGCUGUACCCAAUGGGACUGUACUUAGUGUCAGUGACACCGGCAAUAUAUUAGGCGGGAUUAAAACCUUGCUUUAUAAGCCUGAAAUUGUCAAUGACGAAACUAUCGGGUCUGCUAUUAGCACUGCCCAAAAAUUAUCUGCCUCCCUGGAAACAAAAAUUAGUCAGAAGCCGUUCCCUAUGGAGGAAAUCAACAGUAUGAAAUUAGUCAGUGAAAGUCUUUUGGACAUUGUGAGUUCCACUUCUAUGGGGAUAACACCAUCAUCAGUUGAGGACCAAAAUGCUGAUAUAACCCUGGCAUCUGUGCGCGAAGAAAUGCAAGCUAAAUGGGAUUAUAAUAACACUUCGGAUGCCCUAUCAGAAGAGGAAAUGGCUGAACGAGAACGUUUAAUACAGGAGGAAUAUGAUCGAAGGAAAGCAGCUCAAGAGGAAACCAAGCAAAAAGCUGUCACGGCGCAAACUGGGAUUCCCGAACUGUUCGACAUCAUCGAUAGAGUACAGGCACUGCUCUCUGCAAUGAUCCAACCAGGAGAACCUGCUUCCGUGAUAGAGCGAGAAAACUGUGUAAUAACAACCGAAAAGACGAGAAUUGGAAAUUUGCAGAAUGAAACAAGUAUCAACAAGACCGGUUUUGGAAUCGAAUUCGGAAAUUCAACACUAGACAGUUACACGGAGGUGCAGAUAGAUUCCUCGACAUUUGACAACGUUGUUCAUUUCUUUGGCGAAAAUGCUGAUGGUAUAACAUCCGGAGAAUACACGGUUUCCUUGAAAAACGAAAAUGGAACUGAAAUGUCAUUGAACACAUCUCUGAAAAUCAAGAACAAAGGAGACGUACCAUUCUCACACUACAUGCCAAUGGUCAGCGAGGACGGUCUAACACACCUUGUGUACGAUUUAAGAUAUAGGGAUGAUGCAGCAUUGAUCUAUAUCCUCCCGAAAGAUUUCAGUUUCGCCGAUGUGUCUUCGUUCAAUCUGUAUAAUGUCUACGUGAGAUGCAUCGACUUUGCCCGAACUGACAUUUACGACUACAAGGUUGCUAUGAAUGUUCGAGAUUGGGAAGGCGAUUAUGGGUUUAAAGUCUUCAUUCCACAAGACAUGUGUGAAAAGGGAAAAACUUACGUCGGACUUGAGCCACAAGAAGAAUUCAUACUGCCCCAACAGUCUGAAGGCAUGAGGAGGAGGCGUGCGGCUCCUGCCGCCACAACCACGGAAGCGCCGUUCGAGAUGAGCACUGCAAACUUCAGUAUCAUAAUUAUGACAACAGGGUGUCGGAGUUGGGACAAGGCUAAUAAUAGGUGGACGUCACAGGGCUGCACAGUUUUACGCUUGUCUACUCUGAAUGAGACCGUUUGCCGUUGUCCUGAAGCUCCAGGAAAUACUUUUUCUACAACAUUCUACGUUCCUCCAAAUAUGAUCGAUUUCAGCACUGUAUGGUCGAAAUUCGACCCAGCCAAUGCUUCAGUGUAUGGCACUGUUAUAGGUCUACUCGUGGUUUACAUCAUUGCAUGUGUGCUUGCCAACCGAGAGGACAGAAAAGACUAUAUGAGGUGGGCGACUCAUUUCCUGUGUGACAGUGACAGCGAGGACCGAUAUUUUUACCUGAUAACAGUGCACACAGGACUAAGACGUGGUGCUGGUACAAAAUCUUUGGUCAACUUUGUCCUGGCCGGGGAAGAAAUGGACACGGGGGUCAGGAUCAUGAGUGAUGGAGAUAAACAGGGUUUUGAAACAAGUAGCGUUAGGAAGUUUUUCAUGGGGACGCCGGAACCCCUUGGUGAUUUGACCUACCUCCGUAUUUGGCAUGACAGUUCUGGCAGAGGGGACCAAAAAUCCUGGUAUCUGCAUAAGGUCACAGUUGAUGAUCCCCAGAUAGGCCAAAGGUACGUUUUCCUUUGUGAUAAAUGGUUGGCUGCAGAACAAGAUGACGGAAUGGUGGAGAGACUACUUCCAGUCUGUGGACGGGAUAACCUGCUAACCUUCGAUAAACUUUUCUCACAGCAUGCUCGCUUCAACUUAACAGAAAAUCACUUGUGGCUGUCAAUGCUGAUGAGGCCGGAACAGAGUAGCUUCACUCGUGUACAGCGUUUAUCAUGCAUACUCGCUUUACUCUUUCUCACCAUGAUUUCCAAUGCGAUGUUUUUCCGGUCGGAGAGUGAUGAAGUUACUCCAAAUUCCGUAUCGAUCGGAUUCCUGCGUUUUUCCCUCACAACUGUAUAUGUUUCUUUCAUCGGUAUCCUAAUAACGACUCCUCCGAUUCUCCUGGUUACUUUUAUCUUCAAAAAAGCAAAACCAACUUAUCCAAAGAACAAGAAACUGAGUGAAAAGAAAGAAAAGGAGAUUCGCAACAUAUUCCAAACAAAGACCAUUAUGAACCAGAACGAGCACUUUUCAGAUUCAGAAUUUUAUUCUGUAGAUCAUUUACCUCUUCCGGCCUGGUCACGUUAUAUCGCAAUAACAAUAGUCAUCUUGGCUGUUAUCUCUUCGGCAUUCUUCCUAAUUCUCUACAGUAUGGAAUGGGGCAAAGACAAAUCUGAAGAGUGGCUGACAACAUUUGUUUUCUCAUUCGUUGAGUCUCUUCUAGUCGUGGAUCCCUUUAAGGUGAUUAUGAUCGCCGUGCUCUUUGCGCUACUGUUUAAAAAGCCAGUUGAUGGUGGGGGACCACAACUUAAAAUGGAUAGACUGAAAAAUGCUGCCAAAGCCUUUAAUGCUGGAUCGUCAAGAACGUACUUAUCUUUCCGAAUGGAUGUAUUGUCCAGUAACAGUCCUCCGUCAUCUGAAAUGCUAGAAAAGACUAGGAUUCAACGUUUACACGAGAUAAAAGCAAGGGAAGUUUUUAUGGAACUUCUUCUCUACGGUAUAUUUGCGUUUGUCAUAUACAGUAUAAGCUUCGUCAACCGCGACCAGAGAUCCUACAACUUGAAGACGAAUAUCUAUGAUUCACUUGUAGCUCCGUCCAAAUCACAUCUGGGAUUUAGCAAGGUCGAGGAUGCGAUUGAUUUCAUCGAUUGGAUGAAUGGGACAUUCUUCCGGAGGUAUUUUCCAAUGACAGAAUAUAAUGGAGACCCUCUAGAUGUCAGGGACGAGCUUUUCUUCUGGGAUUUGGCCAACACACGCAUAGGUCCCCCCAGGCUUCGUCAAGUCCGAAUGAAAAGAGGUGGAUGUCCAUAUGAUAAAGUCACACCGGGGCGGGAUUGCGUCCCGGGCUACGAUGUGACAACAGAGGAGGACAGAGACUAUUGUGUAGGAUGGACCCAGGACUUAACCUCCACUAGUUGUACCAGCAACAUGCUCUUCUCACAAGACGCCUGGCGGUAUCAACAUUCCGAGGACAUUUGGGGAGUAGCGAUAGCAGGGAGUUUUGGUGUAUACGGUGGAGGAGGCUAUAUUUUAAAACUGGAAAAUGACCUGACCAAUGCAGAGUUAAUUUUGAGUGAGUUACAAAGAUUUAAAUGGAUCAAUCGUGAGACUAGGGCCGUGUUCCUUGAAUUUACCCUAUAUAAUGCAAAUGCGAAUCUGUUUGCUUAUGUCAUAUUCCUGGCCGAGUUUACAGAACUAGGAGGACUGGUAACGUGGAGCAACAUUUACCCUUUCCGUGCCUAUCAACACACUGGCGCCCUUGGUACGUUUGCGAUGCUGUGCUAUUUUAUCUACAUGAUUGUGAUGAUUUACGGGACUGUGAAACUGAUCCUUAAAUUUCGUAAAGCGGGUUGUUGUCAGUUUGUGAAAGAUGUUUGGAAUGUCAUAGACACUUUAUGCGCAAUUCUCAGUUUUAUCGCAGUUGUCAUGUGGGGGUUGAGGUAUUCAUACUCAAAGCAGUCCCUGGCAAUCUAUUAUGAUGACAAAAGAGCCUUUAUAAACUUUCAACAUGUCGUGAUCUGGGAUAUUGUUUUCAAUGUCAUCGUUGGCAUACUAGUAUUCAUAGCAACCAUACGCAUACUUCGUAUCCUCGGUUACAACAAAAGGAUGACUCAAUUGGCGGCCGUAAUUUCUAACGCUGCAGCUGACCUCUCUGGGUUCGCUGUCGUGUUUGGCAUUGUAUUCUUUGCAUAUGUAUCUUUUGGCUAUCUCCUGUUUGGUAUUUACAUUUACGAAUACAGAAAUCUGUUCACAUCGCUUGGAAGUUUAGCUAAUGCUCUGAUUGGUAAGAACAGUCUGGACUCUAUGAUCAGGGCGGUGCCGAAUUGGUCUCAGAUGUACUACUUUACCUACGUCUUUUUCGUCAUCCUCACUUUGAUGACCAUGUUCGCCGUCAUCCUCAAUCAAAGCAUAUCAGAAGUGCGUGCCGAUCUUAUGAAGAUACCACAGACAUACGGAAUAAUGGAUGUCCUCGGAAACUCCGUCAAAGACAUAUUAGGCAUGGCCUUCAAAUUUAAGAAUAAGGAAGAGCCAGAAAAAGAGAACAAAGCGAGGAAAUACAUGCCUGCUGUAGGGAAAAGGCCACCGGAGAUCGAUGCCCCCAACAUUCUACGUCUAGUUAGGGAAACGUUUGGUGAAACAUGGGAUUCAGCGGAGGAUCCGCCAGACGAGGAGGAAUUGAUAAGAAGGAAGAAAGCAGAGGAGCAACUCCUUAUUCUUGAUUCAUAUCUUCACCCGAAACCUGGAGCAAAAGGAGGCAUGGGUGGAAAGCUGGACCUCCAUCGCCCUGAGACCCCGGGGGACGUCCGUCUGACGGUGGAGACACCUGUUGUUGACCAGGAUCAACUUUACUCCUCCUACCUGUGAAAUGUGCCCGUGUAAAACGUUUCUAGUAGUGUUAUAACAACACGCACUGUGACAUAGAGGACUGUGAUAUAUUCAGCUGGCUUUAAAUGGCUUGUUUGUUAAAUCUUUUCGUACAUAUUGUUAGUGAAUUUAUUUUUGUGACGCACAGUUUGAUACUGUUGAGGUAAAUUCAGAGAUGUUAUUUUAUACCAUAUUCUCUAUAAAGUCAAUUCUGAUGAUUACGAAAUAAACAACAAAUAUGUUUUAACAUCAUAACUAACGCGGAAACAUGAAAAUUACUAGUUUAUUUUAGCUUGUACAUUGUGUAAUUCAAAUAUCUUAAAUAUUUUUUUAUUAUGUAGCAUAGAAUGGUUAACAUACGAAACACAUCGAACAGAUACUUGGCCGUUUAUCUCAUAGAAAUAAAAUUAAUACAUUCAAUAGCGCAUAACAUAAGAGAAUACAUCGAUAAGGAUGCCAUACAUCCACGAAACACUGCCUAUCGCACCGUGCUCUCCUAUCUGGACACUUUAUUGGAAAACGUAAUGGCAUUCAUAGCUACUUUUAUUGGAAAACGUAAUGGCAUUCAUAGCCACUUCUACUGGAAAACGUAUGUAAUGGCAUUCAUAUCACACUUUUUUUUUAUAUGCGCGUUCAAUUAUUCUUUUCAUAUACGUGUAGUUUCAACAAAUCAACCAAAACGUAUUGUUGCGUAUUAACUCCAAUAUUUCCCUCUUAACUUGUUCUAUCAAAAUUACAUCAACUUACUUAUCUUGUAUUUAACCAGUUAAAUUAAUGAUAGAAUGCUUACUUACUUCUGUUUGUGCAUUUGCAACUCUCAACUAGCUUUAUACAAUUCAUUACCAACAGAAUUUGAUACAUUCAAGAAUUGUAGAAAGUAAUUUUGUCCGUCCUUUUAUCAAAAGGCAUUCAAUGCCGUAAUAUAUUGAGAAAAUACGUUUCAAAAGUAUUUUUAAUACAUUUUAUUCUUUCAUAGAAUUUUUAAGUUUGUAUGUAACAAUGCAUUUGUUAUACUUUCUUCUAUACACCAUUUGAAAUUAGAUUAAAAUUGUUUAGUGUUAAA